AUGGAAAACGGCCUUGGAAACCACUCAAACAAGCUUAUACACGACUCUAAACGUACUUUGUAUCUGGAUUAUUUACCUCCAUACCAAACGGACGCUGUAGCCGAUGUUGUUCGUGAAAUUCGUGCUGUCGACCGCGAAGCAUCAGCAGUUUUGUCACAUUUGACAGAGAAUGGAACUGUCACAUUUCAACCAGAAGAACACCCUUCAGAAGCUGCAUCGCUCUUAAUGCUUCACGCGACAAAUCUUCACAACAAACGUUGUUUAAUGGCAUAUCACAACUUGCGAUUGGGACGCAUCCGUCAGUACUGCUGGGACGGAGGGAAAAAAAUGGAGGCUUCUUUAAAAACAGCACUCAGCCCAACAGAGCGAGAAUAUCUGUCUCGUUACUCUGAACUCCUCGCUGCGUACAAAGGCCCUUGGACAGAUGUUGACUUGACAGGGUCUACUGUGCCUCCAAAAGAUUUAUUUAUCGAUGUCCGUGUUCUCGAAGACGUUGGUGAAAUUGAAACUGAGUAUGGUACAAUUAACUUGACAAAGAACUCACAAUUACACGUUCGGACAACGGACGUUGAAAGAUUGAUUCGGCAAGGUUAUCUUGUUAAGCUGUAG